UUGAUGAUGAAAACGUGACAGCAGAACUACGUCACAGAAAAACCAAACACUGCAUAGACCUUAGGGAAUCCAUUUUUCUAUCGAAUGGCAUCAGGGUCUAUUAUAAACUUGUGGACUUCUCUCUCUGCUUUCUAAUGUCCAGAGGUAUACAUAGGGGUGCAUUAUACAUACCAUUGAGUCUAGUUUUCAUAUUAGGCACCCUUUAAGAUGAAAAGGGCAAGUAUUGCUACGUUUUCUCCAAAGCAUUCUAGCAGCAAGUAUGGUGUUAGAUCCAUUAGUUUGCCAACAAGAUCACAUCCAAGCACAGCUAGAAGUGAAGAGGAGCUGAGCAAGCUUAAAUCAUUGGAGGCAUCAUCAUCAUCAUCAUCUUCUACACCAAAGGUGGAAACAAUUUGCUCUGGUUUAUCUGGCCUUUCAGAAUUGUACAAGUGCAUUGAAGAUCUUUUGAGAUUGCCAUUGACCCAACAAGCACUAGGGCAACACCAAAACGAGAAAUGGGUCAAUGAGAUGCUGGAUUGCCCAGUGAGAUUCUUGGACCUAUUGGGCAUAACAAGGGAUGCCAUUCUGUUAAUGAAAGGAAGUAUUGAGGAACUUCAGUCUGCAAUCAGAAGAAGGGUUGGUGAUUUUGACAUGGAUAAUCAUGUUUCUACAUAUUGGAGGCUCAGAAGGAACAUGAGGAAGGAGUGCACAAAAUCUCUGCUUUUGUUGAAGCAGAUGGAUCAUGAGUUAUCUGGGGCCUCUCUUCCGUUGGAUCUUAAUGACCACCUUUCUGCAGUGGUAAGAGUGCUAAGAGAAGCUAGCUGGACCACAAGCUCCAUCUUUCAGACUCUUGUUGUGUUCCUUUCUUCACCAAUCUUGAAACUAAAGGCUAAUAAGUGGGCGUUUGUGUCAAGGUUGAUGCAGAAGGGGGUGUUUGCUUACAACAAUCACGAGGAAAAUAUAAAUGAAUUGGAAAAGGUGGAUUUGAUUGUGGACAAUCUGAGCAGAGAUGCUGAGGCUGAGAACAUUCAAUCAGCACAUGGAAGGUUAGAAGCUUUGGUGGUUGCCAUUGAAGGAAUUGAAUAUGGAUUGGAGUGCUUGUUUAAGCGGUUGAUUCAUACUAGAGUGUCUUUUCUGAAUAUAUUUUCUCCUUAAAGCAUAGUACAACAGGCAUGUAGGCCUUGUUAUGUGAUGCAUAGCAGAGAGUUUAUGAAAUUUGGCAUGUGUACAAAUAGAGUUGUUAAAUAUGUAAUUGUACAUUCUGCUUGUUUU